AUGGUGAGCUCUAUACAUCCAAUUCUCAUUAUUUGUUUGGUGGAGUCAUCUGCUAAGCUUAUACUUCCUCUACGUGAUUCCUGGUUUGGCUGGUUCCUUCUUCCGAUAGAAGCAGUUGAGAGCCAGGUGGUUGGUUCUACCACAGACAUAGCAGAACUUUUCAUCGGACUUAUAGUUGGAUUGUGGUUUGAUUUGGAGGAAGAUUUGUUGAAUGAUUGCUGGACCACCACACCGCCCCCAUCUUCAUUAUCCUUGUACUCUCCCUUCUCCUUCUCUCGUCUCUUCACCCUCUCUCCCCCCAAAAGAACUGCAUUCAGAGCUUCAGCAGUUGCAGAGCAAGAGAAGGCAUUGACCCCUGAAGAGGGAUAUAAGAAGGAGUUGGCGAAGCCCUGCGAGCUCUAUGUCUGUAAUCUCCCCAGGCUUUCGGAUCUCUUCAAGCCUUAUGGAACUGUUCAUUCGGUUGAGGUACUUAUUAGAAUGCUACCAAGUUACUACCAACAUGUUUGCCGAUACGAGAACACAUUAGUCACAAAGUUCUUCGACGUGCAUUGUGUGAAGCCUAUUGGUGGUCAGAAGAUUGUGUAGGCAAACUAAGAUGGA